CAUGGCUUGUGGAGUUCAUUUGGGGAUCUUGCUGAUUUGUUUAGUUCAAGCAGAGCAUGUGCGUUGUUUGUGGGCUACACAAGCUCGGGGACAAAACGGCAACACGCAUGUUGGCUUCUCUGGGCAGAGGGGUGGACUUGGUGGCAGCUAUCCCCAGAAUCAACUCAGACAUGCCUCUGGUUCUCCUGGCUCAGCCCAGAGCAGUAGCUUCAACACAGUCCCUGAAGUUAGUGGUGGUUAUAGCCAGAGAUUUCCCAGUAGCCGCUCCACACAAACUGUUUCACAGCCGGCUAAAAGUGUCUUUGCUUCAGGCAAGUUGGUGCAGAGCAGCUCUGAGUCAAAGCCCAACUGGCAACCGACCAGGUGGAGUCAGGGAACUGUUCAAAAGAUGCCCAAGAAGAAGCCGUUUGCCUUUUCUGGUUCUAUCGCUGGUGGCAGUUCUCUCAGCAAGUACGAUAAGACUCCGAUUAGCGAGAAGAGAACUCGGCCAGUUCAGCAGGGAACACCAAGUAGGAGCAGCUAUCGGUCCAGCAGUCCUGCUUCUCUUCAGAGUCCCAGAGGAAGCUUCAGUCUUCAGCUGUUCCUGAAACACCAGCCUCCUCUGGGAGGAAAGGUUCUUCUCGUCUAA